AUGCAACAACAGCAAAAGCCCGUGGCGGCUGUAGGGGGUCCCUACACCCCUCUACCCCUUGUAUUUCCCCCAAUUGACCCAUUUCCCGAAUCAUCCGGCUCUUCUGAAGCCCUGCAGGAUCAGGGACUUGAGGGUCACGUUGCUGCUGUCGCCUCCUUGGCGGGGUUGCGGCAGCACCUCUUUCAACGCAUGCAUCAAGUAGCUGCCUUGCAUCAGCACAUAGCAGAGUCUCAGCAGCCGUUAGCAUACCAGCGACCAUUGGAAGAGCUUCUAGAGUCCUCCACCUCCAUAACAGAUGAGAAGUCCGCAGGUGCACAGCCACCCCUCCUUGCACGUACAGAGCCCGUCACCGCAGGUGCAGCUCACAUCCAUUUCCCAGAAAGGCUGCGUUGUCAUCCUGCGGAUUUCGCGGAUAUAGGGGCCUCCUGUUGUGCGCCUGUUUCAAGUAUGUACGGUUCCCCGGCGCCAGCCUUCGUGGACCCCCUAACGGGGGCCCCUUCGGAGUUUCUCGCUGGUGGCACUUCGUGGAUGCAGAGGCAUGCGGAAGCCAUAAUGAUGGCCGCGGUGUACGAAGGGCAGCUGCGUCUCUGGCAUUCAUUUGCUUCACAGCUUCAGUUGAGGCUGCUGGUAGCGACACAGAGGGCGACGGUAGCCAAACUCGUCAGCAACACUGACAGCAGCAGGAUGGCGAGCUUCUGGCCCCCUUCAGGACCUGGCCUCUUGGGGAGCACUACAGGGGCCUCUCUGCUUGAAAGCGAUGUUGCUGCGCCGGCACGCGAGAGCGGCGGAAGCAGCAGAGAUGACAAUGCUUGCCAGCAGAAACAGCAGCUAUAUUCGGGAGCAACGACUGGCAGCUCUAUUCCUAGUGGAAUCACGGAAUCCUCAGGAUCUGCCGACGCUUCAACAGUGCCUUCCGUGGCUGCAGCAGCGAGUCAGCAGCAGCAACAACCACAGCAGCAAGCACAGCAGCAACAGCAGCAGCGUCCGCAGCAGCAGGCCCCUUGGCGACUACGUUUUAUGGUAAUGUACCUGAAGCUACUGGUCUUGCUGUUUCUCUUUGAUGCUGGAAAGUGGGUAUACGUUUGUUGUCUCGUGGUGGCUCUCCUCCACACCAACGGGGCAUUUAACCCCAUCAUCGAUCUGAUCACAAGCACAAGCCAUAGGCAACCGUUUGAAGCGACAAUGGCACAGUUGAGGGGGCGACGAGAGCGAAGGCCUCUGCAGCGUCUACGGCUGCGGCAGCAGCGACUGCAUGCGUCUGUGGGCCGUCCGUUCGAAGGAGAAGCACCGGUACCUGCGGAUAUUACCCCAGAUCAACCCAGUGGUGUUGCUGCAGCAAGCAGCAGCAGCAGUGCUAACAGCAGCAGUGGCGACAGCAGUGCAGUUCAUGGCUCUUCUAGCAGCGGUGAUUCUAGCAGCAAUAGCAGCAACAGCAACAGGGCAUGGGUGAGCAGCGUAGAUGAAGAUUCUCAGGGCCUUCGUGCUCGGGGUCAGUCCAACGAGACACCCACACUUGUAUUGGAUGAGGGGCCUCCAGGUAUCCACAGUGCUGCAGAGGGGCAAAAUGUAAGUCAGGCGAGCCGAAGAGAGGCUGCAUCGAUUCCGCCUUACUGGAAGAGGGCUUUGUAUCAAGGAGUCGCAAUGUUUUUCCUAACCACCAUUCCCUCAUGGAAUCCAAAUCCUGAUUUGCUUAUUGACUAUGAGGGCUUGGCUGAGGAAGAAGAGGGAGACGCUGUGGAAACGGAGAGAACAUCCCCUGCAUCAGUUAGUGCUACAUCUGCUGCAGAGCCGGAGGGGGUUCCACUCCAGCAUAACAGCGGGCACGCCUUUGGUCUACCUACUUGUAUUCAUAGAUUUGGUAUGUAUUCAGAACUGGGUAAGUGUACAUGCGUAUGCAACUUUGAGUGCAUAUGUCGUUCUUCGGCGAAUUUCGAUUCGUUGGCACAAGCAUGUGUAAUUGGGGACGUUUAUGCCGGAACAGGAAGGCGCAGAAGUGUCAGAAUAGCGGUUCAUACAAAUGAGACGUGUCCCUGCACAGGUAUUGGUAUUUUACAAAUAUCUGGAACCUUGCGAAAAAGAUAG